UUGCCGACGGUCCCUAGAGUCAGUAGGCCAUCUCUUGUCUUUACUGUCGGUCUGAGCGGUAUUCCCACAGCGCGCAGUGCUGUAGGGCUAACUGCAUUUAACUGCAUUUUCUGCGCCACCAUGUGAGAUUUGCGGCCCUGACAGAUCGUGCUGCGGGUCAUCGGUGAGUUCGGAAGGGACGCGUCCAGCCGGGUCCACCUCCAGCAGCCGCUGCUGUGUCUACGGCAGAGGACCCGACCAUCUGCGGCGGAGCGGGGGUAGUCUGCUAAUCCGCUUAACGCAGCACCGGACACCGGGAAAAAAUGCGAAGAAAGGACGACUUCAUGGGCUCGGCGAGGAAUGAGGUGUAAAAUGGGGCGUUGUUCGGAUCAGCUGAAGUCCAAAUAGCGGAAUCAGCAGGCCUGAAGGAAUGUUCACCCUCACUGAAGUAGCUUCUCUUAAUGACAUCCAGCCAACCUAUCGGAUUCUGAAACCAUGGUGGGAUGUCUUUAUGGAUUAUCUUGGUAUUGUCAUGCUGAUGUUGGCCAUAUUUUCUGGAACCAUGCAGCUGACGAAGGACCAGGUCGUUUGUCUUCCCAUCUUGGACCAAGCGCAAGGUGGGUCAGGGGGCUUCUUGGAAAUCCACACACCUGAGCCGAGUGAUGGUUUCUGGAACAAGGAGAAUGCAAUUGGGGAGCAAGCAGCACCUUUAAUGUCAAAACGACCUCCUAAAGGCAUUGUACCUUCAAGUCCCUUCCCACAGUCGUCUGAGUUCAUGCAGCCACCGCCUAAAGGGGUCCGAACCAAACUGGACUUUCAGCAGUAUGUUUUUGUCAAUCAGAUGUGCUACCAUGUUGCCCUUCCUUGGUAUUCUAAAUAUUUCCCUUACCUUGCUUUAAUUCAUACUAUUGUAUUGAUGGUCAGCAGCAACUUCUGGUUCAAAUACCCAAAGACAAGUUCAAAAGUUGAACAUUUUGUUUCCAUACUUGGAAAAUGCUUUGAGUCACCUUGGACUACCAAAGCCCUAUCCGAGACCGCGUGUGAGGACUCGGAGGAGAAUAAGCAGAGGCUGAUUGGUGCUUCCACCCUCCUGAAACAUCUCUCCACCAGCAGCGAGGAGGGCAGUCCAAACCAGUCAGACCCAGUAGGAAACAAAUCAGGAGUUGCCUUUUCUGCCGAAAAGCUUGUGAGUGAGGUUCCUUCCAUGACCAUUCUGGACAAGAAAGACGGUGAGCAGGCCAAGGCCCUGUUUGAGAAGGUCCGGAAAUUCCGUGCACAUGUUGAAGACAGUGAUUUGAUAUACAGACUGUAUGCUAUUCAGACGGUCAUCAAAACUGUGAAAUUUAUUUUGAUCCUGUGCUACACAAUGACAUUUGUGGCAUCUAUUGAUUUUGACCAUGUGUGCGAACCAGAAAUAAAGCAUUUGACGGGAUAUUCCAAGUUUCACUGCACCCAUAACAUGGCUUUUAUGUUAAAGAAACUCCUUGUCUGCUACAUUGCACUCAUAUGUGUUUAUGGCAUUAUCUGCAUUUACACACUGUUUUGGCUCUUUCGCCGACCUCUGAAAGAGUAUUCCUUUGAGAAAGUCAGAGAGGAGAGCAGUUUCAGUGACAUCCCUGAUGUUAAGAACGACUUCGCAUUCCUCCUCCACAUGGUUGAUCAGUAUGACCUGUUGUACUCAAAGCGCUUUGGUGUUUUUCUGUCUGAGGUGAGCGAGAACAAACUUAGAGAGAUUAGCCUUAACCAUGAGUGGACCUUUGAGAAGUUACGGCAGCAUGUGACCCGCAAUCCUCAAGAUAAAUUGGAGCUUCAUCUUUUCAUGCUGUCCGGUGUCCCCGAUGCUGUGUUUGAUCUUACAGACUUGGAAAUCUUGAAACUAGAAUUAAUUCCAGAGGCCAAGAUAACAGCUAAGAUCUCACAAAUGAUCAACCUUCAGGAGUUGCAUUUUUACCACUGUCCGGCCAAAGUUGAGCAGACGGCUUUUAUUUUCCUCUGUGAUCACCUCCGGUGCCUUCAUGUCAAGUUCACAGAUGUUGCUGAGAUUCCCAGCUGGGUGUACUUGUUGAAGAAUUUACGGGAGCUGUAUUUAGUUGGAAACCUGAACUCCGAAAACAACAAGCUUAUUGGACUCGAGUCUUUGCGAGAUCUCCGGCACCUGAAGAUUUUGCAUCUUAAAAGCAAUCUGACAAAAAUCCCAACAAACAUUACGGACCUUUCUCCACACCUGGUUAGAUUAGUCAUUCACAAUGAUGGCACAAAGCUCUUAGUGCUGAACACUUUAAAGAAAAUGAUUAAUCUUGCAGAGCUCGAGUUGCAUAACUGUGAGCUGGAGCGCAUACCCCAUGCCAUCUUCAGUCUGAACAACCUUCAGGAACUUGAUCUAAAAUCGAACAACAUCCGCACUAUUGAAGAGAUCAUCAGCUUCCAGCACCUCAAAAGACUAACUUGUCUCAAACUGUGGUACAACAAAAUCAUCAGUAUUCCACUGUCGAUUAGUCAUGUGAAAAACCUGGAGUCUCUCUAUCUGUCACACAACAAACUAGAGUCUCUGCCCGCCCCGUUGUUCACUCUCCUCAAGCUAAGAUACCUCGAUCUUAGUCAUAAUUCAGUAGCGGUAAUCCCACCGGAGGUUGGCUUCCUGCAAAACCUCCAACAUUUUGCCAUUACAGGCAACAAAGUCGAGGUAGUCCCCAAGCAGAUGUUCAAGUGCGUCAAGUUAAGGACAUUAUGUCUCGGCCACAACUGCAUCACCUCCAUCCCAGAGAAAAUCGGCCACCUCUCACAGCUCACGCACCUGGAAUUGAAGGGAAACUGCCUGGAUCGUCUACCGGUUCAGCUAGGUCACUGCAGCCUCCUCAACAGGAGCUGUCUGCUUGUAGAGGACCAUCUCUUUGACUCCCUGCCUAUUCAAGUCAAAGAAAGCAUAAUUCAGGAAGCUGGUGUUUCCUUUCCAAAUGGGUGUAAAUGCUUAAUGGAAGGGCGGUAAUUUAGUGAAAUUUUAUGCCUUUUUUCCUGUUGUUUCCAGCACACAAAAGACAUUGUAAUUUAACUUUGAGUGCACACUACAGAUUAGCAUAGCCCAAAACCUGAGUGUGGUGUUAUGAAGAUAAUUUAGUGAAAGCCCUAACGGUAUUAUGGCCUGUCUCAUGUUUGGAUAUAAUCUUCUUCUAUUUUUGUGUCUGGUUCAUGUGAAAACAUAUUGAGAAUUGAAACAUGUCUUUCCUAAUCUUCUGCAUGCCAGCUUAUGCUUUGUGAAUUUAGGGAACUUUAUAACCACAGCACAAAUCCCAUAAUGUCACUCGGUUUUAAUUUACAUUUUUGGUAGAUUAGCUCGUUUCCCUAAGACAUGUUUUUUGGCACUAUUUGUCAAAAUGUACCAGUGCACUAAAUUUCAGUGAGUACUACAUGUUCUGGUCAGUAAAAAAAAAUUGACCUUGGGGUUUUCCUCUGCCCAUGUACUGUAUUCCACCAAAGCUUUGCUAACUAGCAAAGAGUUCGAGUUGCAUAACUGUGUAGCUUUCUGGUUAACAUACCUCAAUCUUCUGACGUAUAUCACUACAAAAAUGACAUUACAAAAAUGACCUGUCUUCCCAAUAUGUCAUAAAGAUCUAAUUUUAACUCUAAUAUUUUUUAUUUUUCUUUAGUUCAAUUUUUGGUUAUUUUCUUAACAGACCUCUCUGUUAAAAAAGACAGUGGACUUAAAAGUAUAAGUACAUUUACUUACACUUUUAAGUCUAAGUGUAUACUUACUUACACUUACUUUCAAGUAAGUGCUUUAAAUGUUAAAGUGCUUACUUUCACUUUUAAAGAAAGCAUUUUUUCCCCUCUGGGCAACUUUUUACAUUGCAUUACUUGUAACUCUGCCUGUUCUAAAAGUAAUGCUAGAUACUGAUGGUUCAAGUGAACAAUAUUAACCAGCCUACUUUCUUUGUUAGAUAUUGCCCACCGAUCUUUCACGCUAACCUUUAUGUGCAUGUUUAACUAUAACACCAAGGAGCACAAGCGAACAGUACUUUCUCAUUAAAUAUGUUUUCACUUUGUGUUUUGUGUUCUGGAGGAUUCAUUAAUAACUUCAGUUUAACUAUUUCAGUCUGUCAUAAUUAUGAUUUUAUUUUUAUUUAAUGUGUCCUGUUGCAAUGUUGCGUUUUAUGAAUUGCCUGUUUGCUUUUUCUUUGUCAAGUAAUUUUUCAUGUAAAACCUUUUUUUACUGUCUGUUUUGAGAGGAUUAUAUAAUGUUAGAAUUUUUCUGCUGCAUUUUGCCUGGUUUUAGAUCUUGCUACACAAAUAAACAGAUUCCUAUUCUCUACAAUUGUUGUUAUUAAAAUGCUGCUAAUAAUCAGUGUUUCUAUUCAAAUUGUGUUAUUGUCAUUCAAAACUUGCCUUUUUGUUAGAAAUCAUUAGCAUAGUUUUAAUUAGUCAUUUCUUACUUAAACAUUACUCUCUGUUAGCAAAGUAUACAGAGUGGACGUGAUCAAAUGUUUCUUUUGUACUACACACUAUGUGGAAUUUUGAGGAAAUGCAUGAAUAAUGAAAACUGCACAAAAUCUGCUUUAAAAAAUACCAAAACAUAUUCGGCAUUUCAUUUUGUAGAAAUGUAUCUACAGAAUGAGUGUGUUUCAUGUACCUGCUCUGGAGCCUAUGUUUUUUGAUAGAGUGAUGACAGUAAUGCAACAUUUCUCUCAGCAAUAUGCGACUUGUAAACACUGUAAAUCUGCAGAACACUGGACAUAUGACAGCUGCUUUUUAUUGCUCCAUCUCACUGGGAAAGUUGACCACAGUCAACCCUUAAAAUCUCCAGUCACGACUAAGUUAAAAAUAAUCUACAUAAAUAAGUUCUACAAUGAAUGCAACCACACAAUAUUAGGAAAGGAGAUUGAACAACGAAGGGAAAACUUCAAGCAAAUAUUUUAGCCUAUGUUGCCCUCUAGUGGACGGAAGAUGCUUCUGAAAGUGUGACUUCACAAUGAUACAAACGUGCAAUUGCAGCAAAUUGAAUUGGUUUCUCAAGAGUAGAUGAAAUUAACAAACGUUACUGGGGUUAUGUCCAAAUUCGUCACUAUAAUCUACUUUAGUUUAGUUGUACCAGGUGUGCUUCAAGGCCCUAAAUAUUCUUAGAAAUACAGCUGCAUGUAUCGAUUUUUUUUUUUAAAAGGUAAAGGAACGGGAGCUGCGACACUGAGGUUUCUGUAGGAGUGUUUCUAUUGCAAAUGUGCACACAUCUUUGUCAGUAUUUUGCUAAUAUUGAAAAAAAAAACAACAUUUUUGCAAUUGUGAAAAUCACACAUAAAUAAGCUUGUUCAUUUGAUAAGUCACUCAAAAAUCCUGGCAGAAAUGGAUCUGAACAGUUAUGUGAGAUAAAUUCAUAAUUUUAGACUGUGAUUUUGCAGAAGAGUUAUGGAUUUAACAUGUAUGAAUGACACACGACUUUCUAUGAACUGGGCGAUGCAGUGAGA